CUCUUCGCGCUCGCUCCGCCGCCCACCCUGUGCACGUGAGGCCAGCGCGCGUGGCUCUUCGCGCCAGCCGCAGCGGCGCGCGGGGACGCCGGCGUGAGCAUGUUCCGCAUCGAGGGCCUGGGGCCCAAAAUGGACCCGGAGGAGCUGAAGCGGAAGAUGCGCCGCGACGUCCUCACCUCCGUCCGCAACUUCCUCAUCUAUGUCGCGCUGCUGCGGAUCACUCCUUUCAUCCUGAAGAAGCUGGACAGUAUAUGAACAUUUAAGUCUCAGUGUAUGAAAACAUAAAAUGGACUGUAGCUGCUUUCCUGUUUGCUAAUUAAGUAUUGUGAUAGAGGCAGACAUCCAAUACUAAAUGGUUCUAAAAUGUUCACUUAAGCAUAUCUGACCUGAGAAGGAUAGCCAGGAAGAUGCCUGUUCCUGCAGGUGAAUUCUGGUCAAAGAAUACUCCCUAGUGUCACCAAGUAACGACUUGUGAUGGAACAUUUCUUGUACUGUUUUGAAAAACCCUUCACCUCCAUUUUAUACAAAGUGUUAAAUGUUAGUAAUUUCUUUUUAUUAUGCAGCUACCUCUAAAUUGCCACAUGCUAUCAAUGUUACUGAACCUGUCUGUAUGAAAAACAAAGUUGUUAAAGAAUCCAGCUUGAAAAAUGAAGUUAAUGAAUCCAGCUCACAGCAGCUUGAUUUGAAAUAAAUGGAAGAGUAGUUUGUCACUUAACUCUGGUAGUGAUUUGUUUUUAAUACUCAUCACUUAAGCUA